AACUUCUGUUAAAAGCCAGUAGCUACUAACAAGUCCAUCUCUCUCUCUGCUCUUUUACUUCCCUGGACUUCGAAGUUGCUGUUUCUGAUUCGCUCCUUCUUUCUCUCGCCAUUUCCAGAAACUCGCAACCACUUAGACUUCUCUCUUCUCCUAGUCUAGGGUUUCUCCUUUCCCGUUUCCGUCUACUUUCCUCCAAUGGAUUCCUCGUAAUUGUUUUCCGCCCCGUUUUCCCCAAUGGCGGCCGCCACUUCCAGAGUUUUCACGGCUCGGCUGGAUUUGGAACUCCGCCCCCACCUCCUAGGCAUUUCUCCGUUCCUCGAUGGAAGCUCCUGGAGGAAGACGGCGAAGAAGAACAGCAGAGUCUGCGUUCAAGCAGGCCGGCGGCCUCCUCCGGUGACCACGAUUUCCUGUUGCUGCGCUGGCGCGGUCAUUCCUAUUCGGCGGAGUGCCGCCGCUUCGCGUAUUGGCGGGGACAAAGCCGAGGAGAAUAGUCCUCGCAAGCUGAGAAUGAGAGCUAAUAGUUCCGCAUUGCCGUUCGCUUCUCCUCAGUCUCGCUUCACCAAUAAGCAAGAGAAAUUUUAUCCUCGUUGUACUCCCAAAAACUCUGGCUCGCAGUCUCGAGAUACUCCGCCGCAGAGAGAUACUGGGAUUGCGAAUGAGAAGGACUGGGGGAUCAACCUGAAAAAUGAACUUGUUAAUGAGUCUGGGACUAAUGAAGAUGGAAGUACUUGGUACCGGGAAAGUGGGGAAGACGUGGGAGAAAAGGGUUACAGAUGUAGAUGGACGACCAUGGGAGGCAAAUCGCAGGAUGGUUCGUCACAAUGGAAAGAAACGUGGUGGGAGAAAAGUGACUGGACUGGCUAUAAAGAGCUUGGUGUGGAGAAAUCAGGAAAGAAUGCUGAAGGGGAUUCUUGGUGGGAAACAUGGCAAGAGGUGCUUCACCGAGAUAAAUGGAGUAAUUUGGCGAGAAUAGAGAAGAGCGCACAGAAGCAAGCUAAAUCAGGUACUAAAACGGCAGGAUGGUUCGAGAAAUGGUGGGAGAAAUAUGAUGCUAAGGGGUGGACCGAGAAAGGAGCUCACAAAUAUGGUAGACUGAAUGAGCAGUCAUGGUGGGAGAAGUGGGGAGAGCAUUAUGAUGGUGGAUCCGUUCUCAAAUGGACAGAUAAAUGGGCCGAGACGGAACUGGGAACAAGGUGGGGAGACAAGUGGGAGGAGAAGUUCUUUGCUGGUAUAGGCUCACGGCAAGGAGAAACUUGGCAUGUUUCUGCAAAUGACCAACGUUGGACAAGGACGUGGGGGGAGGAACACUUCGGAAAUGGGUACGAGGAGACUUCAUACUCUCUCGUAGUAUCUACUUGUUCUUCUCGCAUCUCGAACUCCAAACCUCGGUUAAGCUGGAAAAGCACCCUCUUAUUAGCUCAUGCUCUCUGCUGUGUAUUGUGCAGCAAAGUUCACAAGUAUGGAAGGAGCACCACUGGCGAAUCCUGGGACAUUGUUGUGGAUGAGGAAACAAUUUACCAGGCCGAGCCUCACUACGGAUGGGCCGACGUCGUAGGGGACUCUUCCCAGUUACUAUCAAUACAGCCUCGAGAUCGACCGCCUGGUGUUAUCCCAGACCUGGACUUUGGUCCUUCUUCUUCUUCUUCUUCUUCUUCUUCUUCUUCUUCCUCCUCUUCACCUCCAAGACCAGGGGAUACACCAGACAUUCCUCCUCCUCCUCCUCCAUCGCGAUGAAUCCAAUGACUGAAUCUUCCUCCAUUUCGAUUGGAUCCGAGGUCUGCUGUUCUUCAUUCAUCUAUUUUUGUUCUUCUUCCUUGUCGCUCAUUGUUGGUCUGGACAUUUCCUCUGUAAGAUAAGGAACAUUUUUUAUACUGAAUUCUGUUCAAUUUAUUUAUUUAUUUAUUCUUUGGAUGUCAAACUGGCAUCCUCUGUUGGGCCUCUUUCCCUUCUAUUUUCCACGUGCCCAGCUCUCAUUGGUUUGGUGCAAGCAACAAUUGGAUCCAUUCUACGAG